UGCCUCAUUUCAGAAGCUGUCAGUUUUUCGCCAGUAGGUUGAAUGUAAGGGUUGUGCUUGAAUAUAAAUAAGAGAAUCUACAUAGGCACAGUUCAAAAUUUACUUUUUACUUCAAUUAAAUUCCAAAUUCGUACCGUCUCCGUUUUUCUCAGAUACAGAGUACCCAUUUGGGCAUUAUAGAUUCCAGCAAUUAUUCACGGAGGAACUUCCCAUUCAAUCUGAUUUCAAACCUGAUUCUUUUGGCUGCUGUUCUAUUCAAGAAAGUACCAGGACAGGCCACACCCCCAACCCAUUGAACCAGUAAUAGAUCCGGCGAUAAUGGCUGGUCACCAUAGUUCGUACUAUGGGUACUUCACCCCCGGGGUGUAUGAUUACCCGGUGACCCACAGUGCCGCAUCCACGCGGAGUGCCUAUAACUGGGAACCGAUCUUGGCCAGUAGCUACUCUUCCAAUUGGUGUAAUGUUCCGGUGGAGAAUUCGGUCACCUAUGUAGCCGCACCGCUGGGUGGCGUCAUCAACUACGUGACAGAUGUGGAAUCCCACCUGGCUCUGCCCACCAGCCACACUUUGGCCACAAAUCAGAUCUACACGACCCUGCCGCAGAUUCAGGAGACGACCUCUUAUCCGCUUCAGUCACUGCCGGUUCAGAACUUCCGUCAGAUGCAUGAGGGGAACCAUGUGUUUGAAGUUCAACCCAACGGCUUUCGCCUGGCCCUUCCUUCAUUGGACGAGGUGGAAUCGGAGUCUGAAUCGGAUCGGACGAUACGCAACUCCACCGUGAUCACGGAGAUCACCGAGGGGUCCGGAUCUAAGGCAAUGCAGGCUAAGGUGAUCCCUAAGCGAAAGAAGCGGACCCAAAAGCGGGUGUACAAGGCCAAACAGGGUUAUUUGGUCGAGGAACCCAGCAGCGAAUUAUCAGAUGAGGAAGGGACAGGGGCUGCUCCCUAGGAAGUUCUAAACAAUUCCAGGACAUAGAUAUCCUUCAAGUACAUUCAAAGUCGAUCUAACUAUUACUACAUGUCGAGAUGUAUUCAUACAUAUAGUGGAUAUAGUGUAAAAACUGUUCAAAUUCGAUUUGUCCUUGCAAUUUGAAAGUAAUCCAAAUAUAUAUAGAUUUUUUAGAGA